AUCAAAAUUUAAUUAGUUCUUCGUUUCGAAAUUGAAAUCUUAUUUAGAUUGCAGGAAAUUUAAUUGUCCGCUCUAUGCAGCUUAGAGCUUCGUUGGGCCAAACGGAAUCAGUCGUAGGCCCAACAACUCCGCGCGAAGCCCACGCCAUGGCAGCAUCGUUCUAUCUCACGACGCCUCGUCACCGACCACGUCCUAUCCACAUCCCACCCUACUCCGCCAUCCAGCACCACCGCUUGCCUCGACACACCCCGCCAAGCGCAAGAGCUCGCCGAGUUCGUCUCCAUGGCGGCCGCGGCGGUGGCCGUAUCCACCUCCCCGUGCAGCGGCUCAGGGCACCUCGGUCUGUUGCAGGCGUCUCAGGCCCACCAUCUCCGCCGCACGCUCCUUGGGGGGCGAAUGGCCGGACGAUGUGGGCGCAGCAGGCUGGCGGUCUUGGCCGCCGCAGGCAAGCCGCCGGGAGAGGCAGAGGAGCAGGUCCCUGCGUGGGCCAAGCCCGGCGCUGACGAGCCGCCGCCCUGGGAGCGCGAAGGCGGGGCCGUGCAGGGGCAGGAAGCCGGGCAGGUGCCGUUCUACGCGUACCUGCUCGCGUCCGCGGUCACCGCCAUCGCCGCCAUAGGCUCCAUCUUCGAGUACACGAACCAGCGGCCGGUGUUCGGGAUCGUCGGCUCCGACAGCGCCCUGUACGCGCCGCUCCUGGGCUUCUUCGUCUUCACCGGCAUCCCGACCUCCGCGUUUCUGUGGUUCAAGGCCGUGCAGACGGCGAACAGGGAUGCCGAGGAGCAAGACCGCAGAGAUGGAUUUCUGUGACUUUAAUUCAUUUGCCGGUGCAGAAGAACAAGCACCGCAUCAACGUAGCAUUGGGUGAUGUAAUGUAUCUGUGUUCUACAAAUGAAGAGAGUUGACGAAUUUGCGGCAUGAAAAAAAGAAAAAUGUGCAGAUUAAUGAGGGGGGUUUUAUAUGCAUGAAGUUCCUGAGUGGCAUCUGUCAGCAUAUGAAUAGAAAACAUUUGUUUCUUUGGUUAAAAAUAUCAUGUGUUUUGCACUUGAAUAGAAUGCUUCUUCCUCCAUCACUAGCACUGCCUCUUUACUUUGAUGGCAAUGAUGCUAUGUCCCUGUAUACUCUGAAGGAGCAUCUAGGCCCUUAAUUCGAUUUUGGAGAUUAAUGACAA